AUGUUCAAGUUAUUAGCAUUCGUACUACUAGCUACAUUGUCAACUUGCUCGGCAUCUAAUCUCCCAAUCGUCGAUCUCGGCUACGAGUUACACCAAGCAAUCUCAUUCAAUAGUGCCCAAGGCUUGUACAACUUCAGCAAUAUCCGCUAUGCAGCACCUCCAGUAGGAGAUCUGAGAUUUCGAGCACCUGUUGCUCCAGCACGAAACCGCACGAAGGUCCAAAAUGGCACAGUUGGACGUGUUUGUCCCCAGGCAGUUCCGAUCUGGUUCCAGUAUAUUGAGCCUGCGUUCCUGCUGAGCAUAUCGGAGGGAACACAGUUUAAUCUUUCGACAAAUAUCUCUUCUUAUCCCUAUGUGCCCACGAAACCAGACCCACGCACAACGGAGGAUUGUCUUUUCCUCGAUGUGGUUGUCCCCGAGAAGGUAUUCAACCGGUCGCGCAGUAGCCGAAUUUCUUCGGGGAAGUCUUUGGCUCCUGUAUUGGUUUGGAUUGAUGGGGGCGGGUUCACGCAAGGUGAUAAAACGCAGUUGAAUCCUUCAGGGUUGGUGAACCGGAGUACUGUUGUCGGCGAUGGGGUCGUCUUUGUUGCGAUAAAUUAUCGGCUUGGUGCGUUUGGUUGGCUUGGAGGUCAUACUCUUAUGGCCAAUGGAACUGCGAAUGCGGGACUGCAUGAUCAACGCUUUGCCCUGGAUUGGAUUUCUAAGAAUAUCCAUCUGUUUGGGGGCGAUCCUAAUCAAGUGACAGUGAUGGGGGAUUCCGCCGGGGGCGGCUCCAUAAUGCAUCAAAUCACCGCAUAUGGGGGCCAGAAUGGGACAUCGCCGUUUCAGCAAGCGAUUGUGCAAAGUCCAGGAUGGGUUCCCACACCAGAUGACAAACAACCAGAGCAGGCUCUGCAGCAGUUCCUCAAGCUUCUUAACGUUAGCACGAUUGCCGAAGCGCGGAAACUUUCAUCGAAGAAACUGAUUGCAGCCAACGCAUAUCAGAUCGCGACCAAGCCUUCUUGGGGUGAGUUUGUUUACACCCCAGUUGUGGAUGGUACUUUUGUGCCGAAAUUACCUGGCCAGCUCUUACUCGAAGGUCGAUAUGAUCAUAACUUAACUGUCAUGACCGGACACACCUCCAAUGAGGGUAUCGAGUUCACUUCUCCAGAUAGUAGGAACAGUAGUACCUACCUCGCCACCUUGCUGAAGAAAUCCUACCCCUCCGUCAAGCCCAACGUCUCGAGCUAUAUCACCGAUGUGCUAUAUCCGCCAGUAUACAAUGGUAGCCAUGGCUACAACAGUCCCUUCACGCGGGUAGCGGUCGCGAACGGGGAGUCCGCUAUCGAGUGCAAUGUCGAUUACCUCAACUGGGCAUUUGGAAACCAGACAUUCGCAUAUGAAUUUAACGUUCCUCCCGGAUUGCAUGGCCUAGACAUGCUAUAUGUCUUCUACAACAAGGGUCAGUCAGCUGAUGAUGGGGAUUUGCCGGGGCUCAAGGUUCAAAAUGAGACCGUUGCUCUGAUAGUGCAGGACUACAUUACUAGUUUUGCUCAGUUCGGCGCCCCCAAAUCAGCACUGGGCCCGGCUUUCAAACGAUAUGGUCCACAGAACAUGGUGCUUAAUAUUGGGAAUCACACUAUUGGGCCGAUGCGUGAUACGACCAAUGCUUCUCGAUGCCAUUUCUGGCAGACAGCGCCGUACUAUCAAUGA